CUCAACACACUAUACACACUAUAUCUACUUUGAUCAGCUUUUAUCCACCUAAAUACAACAAACACAAUUAACCUAAAUACAACACCCUGCACAGAAAAUCGUUUAAUUAAACAUGAAUUCGAGACCUCAGGCGUAGAAAUUUGAUUCCCGGAAGCAAUCCAAUCAGAACCGCGGACAAAAGGUGGGAAAAAUUGAAUCUUUUCUUCAUCAAGGGAGUAAUGGCGGCGGCGGAGGAGGAGAAGCUGAAGGGCGGCGGUGAUCGGAGAGAAUUUAGACCGUCCACGUGUCUGAGCAGUUUCCACCGGGAUCUGACGGCGGCGGCGCUGAUGGGGGGCGUCGUGCACACGAUUGUGGCCCCAAUAGAGAGGGCGAAGCUGCUGCUGCAGACGCAGGAGAGUAAUGCGGCUAUAUUGGCCGGCGGCAGCCACCGUAGGUUUAGAGGGAUGAUUGAUUGCAUUGGCCGUACGGUGAAAGAGGAAGGGGUCUUGUCCCUGUGGAGAGGGAAUGGCAGCAGCGUCAUCAGAUAUUACCCCUCUGUUGCCCUCAAUUUCUCUCUCAAGGACCUUUAUAGGAACAUUCUGCGUGGGAACUCACGCGAAGGCAGUCUUCUUUCCGGCCCUUCUGCCAACUUCCUUGCUGGAUCUGCAGCGGGCUGCAUGACGCUGAUCAUCAUCUAUCCCCUCGACAUAGCCCACACCCGUCUAGCCGCCGAUCUUGGGAGAAUGGAGACGCGCCAGUUCAGAGGCAUCGGUCAUUUCCUAAGCACUGUAUAUAGAAAAGAUGGAGUCCGGGGAGUCUACAAGGGCAUCCUGGCCUCUCUACAGGGCAUGGUUGUCCAUCGGGGCCUCUACUUUGGCGGGUUCGACACCAUGAAAGAGAAGAUGGCUGAGAAGUCCAGCUCAGACGUUGCGCUAUGGAAGCGCUGGGCCGCUGCCCAGGCCGUGACAACAGUGGCCGGGAUGCUGUCGUACCCGCUCGACACGGUUCGGAGGCGGAUGAUGAUGCAGUCCGGCACAGAGAGGCCGAUGUACAGGACAACGCUCGACUGCUGGAGGACGAUAUACAAGGUCGAAGGUUUCACCUCAUUUUACCGCGGCGCAAUGUCGAAUAUUUUUAGGAGCACAGGCGCUGCAGCUGUUUUGGUUUUGUAUGAUGAGAUCAAGAAAUUUAUGAAUUUGGCUGGAUUAUAGGGAAGGAAUAUUGUUUUAAUUUUUGCUCAAUACAUAUAGUUUGGAUUGGUGUAGUGAUGAAAGUCCCACAUCCUAUUUUAGAAGGUUGGGUAUAAUGUGUCGAAGCCUUGUAAUUCUUGACCAUUUGUGGCAAUACAAAAGUAAAUUUUGAAUUC